AUGGCGGCGAUCGAGCCUUCAGAGGAGCAUAUUGACAUGCUCAUGAGUGUUUAUGGAGCGGACAGAAACACCGCUUGGCAGUAUCUCAAGGCCAAGCAGAACAAUGUCGAGCAAGCAGCGAAUGCGCUCAUGGACGGCGAGGACAUCACUCAACAGCUAAGCGCAGGCGCGUGGGAUGAGAGUCACUGGGGUGCGGACAGAGACGGCGGCAUGGAGUCGAUAGACAGCAACCUGCGCCCGCUCACCACCACCGCACCACCCUCACGCGCUCCGUCCAGGAACUCCAUGCACCCGUCCACGAAGCAAGACGAAGACGAGCAGCUGGCAGAAGCGAUCCGCAUGUCGCAAAUGACCACACUGGAGAAACCGAGGGGCCCCGUGGACAUCCAGAUGCCGGACUUCGACCUCUACGAGCAAGAGGUCGGUAGGGUCUCCGGCGACGGCAAGGAAGUCAAGUUCGGGCCCGCGACGAGGGACAAGCAUUACGAGGCGGCGCGGUGGGCGUUGGUUCCCACGUCACAAGCCGCGAGCGAAGUGAUACCAGACGUUGAUGUGGAGCAUCGCAAGAAUGUACCCGGAGAGCCCAGGUUCUUGAAGUAUCAGCCCGAGGCCGACUAUCUGCCGAAUUUGCUUACCAUCUGUCAUGCGAUUGCCGGCGCGCGCGAAGCCAUGCUGCAGAGAAAGAACGUCCGGUCGAGUUAUGGCGAAGACGCGGAGUGGUGGAAGGGCCAUCCUAUAUCGAUGCCUCGCAUUGUGCAUGUUGAUAGUGGCGAGCUGGUCAAUGAGGAGACCGAGAACUUUCGCACGCUUAUCAUGGAUGUGCAGCGGCUGAUGGGAGCUUUAGACCAGAGCGAGCGAAGCUACGUGAGCAUCAAAGCUAUGCUUCACAACAGUAAUUUACAGACGAAGCGGCCUGGCGAGAUUGCCACCGACUCGAUCGUGCAGACCUUCUUGGAGCAUUGGAGUGCUGCUGUCGCAGACAGCAUGGGCAUGGGUGCUGAGCUGUUCAAGACUUCUCUCCGCUCCGCUGACGAGGAAGCUAUACACCUGCUUGACCUCACGGUCGGGGUACCGGAGAAUGAAAAGAUCGACCUUAAUGAAGUUCUGGAUGCCAGGUUUUGGAAUGCUGGCGCCAAUGGUACGGAUGUGGACCGCAUCGAAGAUCUUCCUGCUCAUGUGCUUGUCAUGAGAUUGCGCAACACCAGUAGGGAGGCGAAGCAGCUGCGGGUAGACAUCCCCACGGAUUUCAGCAUGGACAAGUACCUGUCAGAGUUCGAGCAUGUCAGCGGCCCAAUCCGGCAGGAGCUCGGACGCAGUCGUGCUCGUAUCAAGAAACUGAGCGACCUCGAAAAGCGCUUGACGACGUGGAGACACCCGAAGAAAGACAAAAUCAUCGAUCCGAGGGCUCUGCUCAAGCAUACCCAUGGCGCUCUCACCGGCAGGCAUGAUGUCGACGAGGACAAAGAUGCUCUGCCAAACGGCGUAGCCGUUGACGGUGAUGGCAGCAUCCCAACUCAUCACGACGACGUUACGCAGAAACUUGAGAAAGUCAUUGCUAGCAUCGACGACAAGCUCACGCUUCUCGCCGCUGAGAAGGAGAAGGCGCGCGCAGCCAUGGCGCAACUGUCGCGCGACCCGGUGCCGCUCGAGCAGUCACGGACACGCUACACUCUGCGCGGCGUUGCUACGAAGCCGAACAUUACCUAUGUGCUUACCACGAAGGAAGAUGAAGACGAAGAUCAAGUUAUGUUGCUCGACAACGAAGACGAUACUACUCCAGAGGGCAUGCAAUGGUGGCGCAUCGAGUACAACGUCGAUGCCUCUGGAACCGGUGCUAAGAUAAUGAAAACCAAGACACCAGGUUACGAUGUUAUUCGCGCGGUCGAGCUGGAGCACCACUCCGCGCUCCUCGUCUACGGCAGCAACGUUGUAAACGACAUCAUCCACUACGAUCCAACCCUGCCACCAUCUUUGCAGGAGUUCGUCGAGAAAGAUAACGAGCACUUCCGCGCUGAACUGCAAGACGCCGUUUCCAACGUUCCUCCACCCGCCUACCAGUUCGGUCACACCGACGCUUACCAGGACGUCCCUCGCGUGUCGGUCGAGGCUGCCGAGGCCGAACCUAGGGAUUCACUCGACAGCAUCCGCGUCGAAGGCGGGGACUCGGAUUCAGACCAGCCGGAGUACAAUGAUUUCGCGACUAUGGACUCGCAUCAUAGUUUCGGCUUGCCUCCGCCUAUUAAGCAGGGGCAGUAUGUGGCGACGGAGGAUGCAGGACCGACGGCUGAGAUUCAUCUGGAUGAGUUGAUGGAGGAGGCGGGGGAGGGGCAGGAGGUGGAGAUGAUGGAGAAGCGCGGGCAGGCCUUGAUCCCCGGGUUGAACAGCGCGGCGGGUAGUGGGAUGGAUGAUGUGCGGGGGGAGCAGGAUGAUGGCGUUGGAGGGUCCAUGAGCCAUGUGGAGGAUCUGAAGGGGAUGUAG